UGCAGCAACUUGGAGAUUUAGAGAUUAGAUUGAAUAAUGAUUUAAAUAAUAUAUAUAUUAUUAAGCUCAGCAUUUGUUUUAGCAUGUUCAUCUGAACAAUAAGAAUGUGUGAAUCAAUUAUAUUCCUUUCAAUUUGAAGUGUUUGGUAAGGUUUAAGGAGUCUAUUUCAGAAAAUUUACUUAACUCAAAGCAUAAGAGUUGGAUUUGGUUGGCUGGGUACAAAACACUAAGAAAGGCACAGUCAUAGGAAUAGCUUAAGGAAGAAGAACUAAUGAGUUGAAGGAGUGGUUACAAAAUACAGGGAGUCCUAAAAGCAUCAUAAAGAAGACAGAAUUCAAGAACGAUAAAAUAAUAGAUGAAUUAGAAUAUGAUCAAUUUGAUAUCAUUAAAUGA